UAAUUGGCCAAUUCACACGGCAUGGUUUUAAAACAGUGUUCGAGUCUCUUGACUUUAUGUGUCAUUUUGAUUAAUCUGUAGCCAAGAAAAAAAUUAAUAUAUUUAGCGUGCUUCAUCGGUUAACGUCACAGCUCUUUCCUCAUUCAGAAUCUGAAGGAAGAUGAGCUCACGUUAUUCCAGAGGCGGGCGGACAGCGAAAUUGCGUGUGUGUCUGAUUGUGUAGCCAGCUGGUAGGCACGUCUUUGCUGGGUUCCAGGACAAGGCGGAUGGUGGUAUCCGUGUCUCGAUGCUAGGAAUGGAGGAAUUUGUCACCGACGAGGAAGAGCCAUGGUACGACCAGCAAGAUCUCGAAUCGGACCUCCACCUGGCAGCAGAGCUUGGGAAGACUCUGUUGGAGAGGAACAAGGAGCUGGAGGAUUCUCUACAGCAGAUAUACAUCACCAAUGAGGAGCAGGUGCAGGAGAUUGAGUACCUGGCUAAGCAGCUGGAGGUGCUGAGGGAAAUGAAUGAACAGCAUGCUAAGGUGUACGAGCAGCUAGAUGGGACAGCCAGAGAACUGGAGCUCACCAACCGUACCCUGGUACUGGACAGCAAGGCCUCACAACACAAGAUAGAGAGGUUGACUGGGACCAUCGAGACCCUGCAGACCCAGGUGGAGUCUCUCUCUGGGCAGGUGGAACAGCUCCACUCCCUGGAGCUGCUCAGGGUCCGGAGGGAGAAGAGGGAACGACGCAAAACCAUCGCCUCCUUCCCCUGCCUUAGGGAACUCUGCACCGCACCCAAGUAUGAGGAUGGGUUCGUGGUGGGCCGCUCAGACAGCUUCACCUCAGAGACUAAGCGCCAGCCAGCAGAGGAGGAGAACGAGCGUCUGAGAGAGGCGGUGUCGGCGCUGCGCUCGGCCGUGAGGGCGGAGCGGGGUCGCAGGGAGGGGGCGGAGAGAGAGUGUCACGUCCUCCUGGGAGAGUUCUCUCGUCUGGAGUCACGUGUGCUGGGUGCAGAGAGCUGCCAGGCACGGGUUCGUGAACUAGAGGCAGAGCUCCAGGAACUCCAGCAGCUCCGACGGGCGAGGACCCUCCUCCUGAGCAGCGAAGAUGACGGCGUGGGCUUCACCCAGACCCUCCUCAACAACACCCCCGAGACAGACACCCUGGAGGGGGAGGGAGGAGAAGUGGGUGGAGGGUUCAGGGAGGAGGGCGAGGGGGGAGGAGGCUUAGGUGGAGAGUUGUUACCUGCCUCCAGCCCCGUCAGGAAGAGCUGCAGCGACACGGCGCUGAACGCCAUCGUGGCCAGGGACGCAUCCGGGAGAAGAAGAGGGAGCUACGCGAUCCACGCCAACAGCGUCCGUAAGAGAGGGAUGUCCAUCCUGAGGGAGGUGGACGAGCAGUACCACGCUCUGCUGGAGAAGUAUGAGGAGCUGUUAAGGAAGUGCCGGCGCCACGAGGAGUCCCUGUGCCACGCGGGGGUGCAGACCUCGCGGCCCGUCUCCAGGGACCCCUCCAUGAAGGACUGUGCCAUGGGCCCCACCCCUGCACCCCCGCCCUCCCCCACCCAGUCCCCCUCCACCCCCGAGGUGAUGGAGAGCAUCAGUAAGCAGGUGGAGGCGGUGGAUAAACGACUGGGCCAGAGCACGCCAGAGUACAAAGCUCUGUUCAAGGAGAUCUUCUCUCGUAUUCAGAAGACCAAGAUGGACAUCAGAGCCACCAAAGCCAGCAAGUCUGGCAAGUCCAGCAAAUAAAUUCUGAUACUGGAUUGGUUUGGUAGUGCAGUGCUUUUUCCAUGCUCAAAGCGCUUGAGAUUAGAGGAGGAAUUUGCCUCGUACUCUACCGAUGUGUAGCACUCACGAGUAAGCUUCUGUAUGGGGUCUGGUCUCCUGUCUGCUUCACACGAGGCUGCUGAGGGGAGAACGACUCAUAAUAAUGCCUGGGAACGGAGCAAAUGUAAUGGCAUUAUACUACUGGAAACCAUGUGUUAGAUGUAUUUGAUACCAUUACAAAUGAUUCUGCUCCAGCCAUUAGAGCAACAGGACAGUUUUCACAAACCUAAGGAACCUCCUGUGGACUGAUUCUGUUACUAUAGUUACCGAUCAAACAAUACGCCACUUAAACCAAUCUACUACUAAUGCUAUUAGCAGCUGCCUAGCUUUGCCAGUGAGAUCUAACACAGCUGCCUUUUGCUACCGUUACACAGGUCACACAGGUAUGAUAACUGUCACCCACAACUUGUUGGACACCACUAUUGUCUGGGCUUGAUGUACCCAGCUGGUUAUACACUCUUGUCCCCUGACGACCAGUUCGUACAUUCUCCAUUCUCCUACUUAACUCAAUUUUAAGGUGGAAGAAAACAUACUUUCUUUAUGAAACACCAUUUUCCACCACCAUGCUCGAGUGACUAAUGCAACUUCCUGAUGUUGCACCCCCGCGUUCAGCCAGGGGUAAACAUUUUUAGGCUUUAGCCACUCCAGCAUGGUCCAUAACUCCAACCACCUUUUCCUUAUUAUCAUGAAUGUUAUAGUGUAUGUUGCAUUACUUUGACUUGUGUGUGUGUGUGAAAUACUCACGUUGUAAUGUCAUACCACAUGGCAGGAGAAAAUGUACCCAACAAUGAACCUGCAGUAUACAGGAAAUAUAAUCGAUUAUACAUUGUAUUAUUACGUGUUUUACUUUUCUAUUAUUUCUCUGUUCUUUCUCUCUGCGUUGUUGGGAAGAGCCCGUGAGGAAGCAUUUCCCUGUUAGUCCACACCUGUGGUUUACGACGCAUGUGACGAAUACGAUUUGAUUUAGAGCUAUCUAACUCGAGGUCUUAAACUUGACUGAAGCUUCAAACCUUUAUAGCAGACACAGGAUUUGGCGUGAGAUCAGUGGUGUUGUGAAACUGUGGAUUGAGAAAAUAAAAGUUGUUACAGAGAAAUCAACUGAAUCAUUUCAACCAGAAAUGUGUUGUUUUCUCCACAGUGUUAUAAUUAAGCAUUAAGGUACAAGGUGGUGUGAUAUAUGGCCAAUAUACCACAGCUAAGGGCUGUUCUUAUGCACGACGCAAAGCGGAGUGCCUGGACACAGCCCUUAGCUGUGGUAUAUUGGCCAUAUAUCACAAACCCUCUAGGUGCCU